UCUUGUAUAAUAUUGUUAUUUUUAAUCUUGAUAAAAUAUGUAUAUUGAUAGAAAACGUAAAAGAUAUCAUAUUCAUUUCGUCGAAUAAAAUUUCGUAUUAUUAAAAUAAACGUAAAAUAAAUUUUUUCCCUGUCUACUCAUUUUUUCAAUUAAUAUAUUGGUGAAGAUAUCUCAGAAAAAUGACGUAUGCAUCUAUGUGUCUACCAUUAAGAAUUGUGAUUACACGUCAUAUGUCUGAAAUACCUUAUUGUGUAUUUUAUAUCAUGCACACCAGUUGCUUUUCUGAGGCAUUAAUCAAACUGAUGUCGCUAGUGCGAAUUUAAGUCUUGAGCCAGUAUCAUCGAGACUAAGCUUCAUCUGUUCUCUUCUUGAUUCGCAGGUGCGACGUACAGUCCGGCCAAUUGGACGAUACCCACCUUACCGUCGACGUCGCGAAUCGCGAUGUACACUAGACGUCUACGUUCGAUGUCCUCGAACGAGGUCAGUAUGAUCGGCGGCGGAUCAGGUCCCCGUAAGUAUCUCUGCAACGAUUGCAGCCGGACGUUCGCUUUGAAAGCCUCGUUGCUGCGGCACAAAGCGUUCGAGUGCAACAAGGGUCGGCAGCCGUACGAGCGACAAUCCCAGGACGAAUGCGACAGGUCGAGGAAGUCGAAGAAGAAGCACGUGUGCGUCAGGUGUAAUCGCGUAUACGCAUUUUUCACGUCGCUCUGGCGACAUCAGAAAUACGAGUGCGGCGUGGAGCCGAAAUUCGUCUGCCCGAUCUGUAAGGGCCGAUUCGCCCAGAAGAGCAAUCUGGAUCGGUUCGCGUACGGAUUUCGGAAGCCGCAAGACGCAACGAACACGCCGUUGACACAGGUGUCACCGUUAUCGCCGCUCAUGUGCCCGCAAUGCGGGCGAACGUACAAGAUGAAGCGCAAUUUGAAGACCCACAUGAAAUUCGAGUGCGGCGGCCAGAGAAACUUCAUGUGUCACUUAUGCCCGUCUAAGUACACGCAGAAUAUCAGUCUGCGUCGUCAUCUUUUACAGAGGCACAACCUCUACAUGCCGCCGAAGUUCUCGGUCCCUAAACGUUUUUACGAGAGCUUCCAUCCUGCAGAAAAUCCCGCGGUCCACGGCCGAAAAGCUCACGCCGCCGCGCCCACGAAGAUCGCCCGAGUUAAAACGAGCCCGAGGUGUCCCGGCAACGCUGAAGAUCAAGCACUGCAGUGCUCCGCCUGCGGGAAGAAAUACUCGCUAAAGCACAACUUGGCAAGACACAUGCGCUUCGAGUGCGGCGGUCAGCGUCGAUUCUCCUGUCACCUGUGCCCGAACAAGUACACGCAGAACGUCAGUCUGCGUAGGCACUUGACGCAUCAUCACAACAUUAUGGUACCCGUGAAGAAGAGACAUAACAGUUCUUAUCGAAUCGUCUAUCCGUAAGAGCGACGUGCAAGAGGGCUUCGCAGGAAGAUGAUGUCGAGGACAAAGAAUUGGAAGAACCUGUGCCAAAAACGCAUCCCAAAGAUACGAGUGUCAUCGAGUCGAAGAUAGACUUAGACUUCAAACUCGCCGUGAAACUCGCGCGUAAAAGAGCAACGUGAAGAAUUUGUACAUACCUUUCGGGCAUUGCUAGCCUCUGUAGUUUAUCAAAGUUAAUAAAAUCUCGAUCUUUAUAAGUUUCAAUAAUAAAUGCUACGUUGAUUAUGUUAUGUAGACAUGUUGACAAGAGCAAGUUAAAUAAUACGUUAUAUUAGUACAUUUUCCUAUUGGAAUUACAUUACUUUCUUAAAAUCUGUUUCGUCAUUUACACACGUAGAGUAUUGAUCCAAAGAGAAUUUUAUCCAUGACAAAUGUUUGUGGGAAACGGAACGAUGUUUCUGGCAUUACUCCUACGAUGAACGAAUCGGUUCACGAGGCUCGUUCACGUAGGAAAAAUGAAAAUAUACGGCGAUCUCGAGCAUUUGUCACUGAUAAAAUAUUCUCUCGCUGUAAGUUUUUGCAUGCUGACGUUAAUCAAGUUCUUUACCAAACGGCGUAAAAACGCUGCGACGAAAGUCUGUUGAUAUCGUGCUUCAGUCUGUCACUGUUGAUGCUUAAGAUUAUUAUCUUUACGAGAAACACGAUCUCGUCACUGAUCUCCCGCAUUCGAAUCAGAACAAUAUCUAGAAUUUCACCGUGCAAAAAAAAAAGACGAUCGCUCGCCGUCGAUGUAUCGCACGCGCACAGACGUAUCCUCAGAGUAACUUUUUCUUUCGUUCAGCAGGUUUCUCGAGGUCCCGCUUCACCUGUCAGAAAUGCCGACGCGGCUACACGAUGCUCUGCAAUCUGCGCAGGCACAUGAAGUGGGAAUGCGGCGGGAAACGCUAUUUCCCGUGCUACUACUGCAGAAAAAGUUUCACCCAGAAAACAAGCCUGCAACGGCACUUGACGGGAGUCCAUAAUAUCGACGUCAAUGGGAUAGAAUCUAAACUCAUGUUGUAGACCGUUUACUCCAUUUUACACCCCAGAUCCUGAUCAUUGAUCACCCAUCCCCAGAUCCCUAAGAAACUAGAUACGUGAGCGAUUUUGUUUCCAGCUUAAAAUAACCAUCCGUUUAAUCCCUCCAUUCUCUUCCUUGACAAAUAAGUCAUUGAUCAAUAAUUGACAGGUCAUAGAAGGCAGAUCGAGCGGCUAGCUGCCGCUUUAAGUGUGCAAUUUAAGUGUACAAUCGAAUUAUUCAGCCGAUCGUUCGAUCGAUCGGACGGGAUUCUACGAGCCGCGUGUUUUCGACGACCGCGCCAAACUCCUUUUCGCGCCCCUUUCUCGAGAAAUCGAGAGGUGCCGAAACGUGGUCUAGCGGGCUAGCGCGGAUCAGGUCUCGAUCGUUAAGACUCGCGUCUGGCGAUCUCGGUCAGCACAGUGAGCUCACGACUAACACGACUGUCAUCUUCGUCUUCUUCCAGGUGUGGCCUGGACGACCGUUCAGCCGGGACCGGCACGAAAGUCGCGACACGCAAAUUAUUUGAGGGAUGAGGAUCU